AUGAAAAUAUCACGAGCUUUUCUUUUAUACCUAAUAUCAUCUGUAAACAGUCACAGUGAAUCAAUAAAGAAUGAAGAAGAAUGUAAAAUAGCUGAUCUGUGUGUACAUGACAAGGUUCCUAUGUGCGGGAUCGAUUCCUGCGGCGAGAUGCGCACCUUUAUCGACACUUGCGAUAUGCACGAGUUCAAUUGUGACAGCAAAAAAGAUUUCAAACAACGUCCUAUACAUGAAUGCUGGGUAACAUGUAAGAGAGGUCGAUCUUUCAAGAAGCCGGAAUUUAGGACAGACUGCAACAUUAACACUAAGACGAAUAAUAGAGUAUAA